AUGUAUCCAUUGAUUGAUUCAUUAGUACAAGGAAUUGACGAACGUUUUAAUCAAGAAAGCAUUUCAAUCAUUACUGGUGUGGGGAAAAUGUUAAAAUUUGAAUUGAGCAAAGAUGACAUUAAUUUAUUGACAAAUCAUUUUGAUUUAUCAAAGGACGAAUUUGUAAGUGAAAUACAUCUUUUGAAGGCACGAAACAAAGAUGAUAUUCUUACUAAUAAAGACUGUGCAUUUUGGUUAAAAUGGUUACGAGAAAAUGGUAUUGAAACCAUUUUUUUUCAGCAUAGAAAAGUAUUAAAAGGUUUCUCUGUCAUACCAGUCACAAGUGCUUCGUGUGAAAGAGCUUUUUCGAAGCUAACACAUAUUAAAACUAAGCUACGGACGAUAAUGACUCAAGGGCGAUUGGAAAAUUUAAUGCUUCCAUAUAUUGAACAAACCAUGGCAAAAAAUGUCGACAUUAAUGAUGUGAUCGAAGAAUUUAAAAGAAUGGUCCCAUAUGAACGUCGUUUAGCUUUAUAA